CGCGACGCGAUCCGGACAAGACGCAGCGAGCGAGAACGCCGCCAUUGCUUGCUCGCGUUUCCCUGCGUGUCGUGCACGAGCAGAACCGGCGUCGAAUCUGUCCACGUUCGCGUGUUUCCGAGUACGCGCUCUCCGGUCGAUCCUCCGCGAAUCUCUUCAGUGAAGUAUCGUCACUCGUGUGCGUACCGAUUCGAUAUCACGCUAGAAAACAUCCGCAAACGCAGGUUCUACGAGCCGCAAAAUGCCGGGUUUUAGCAGCGUUGGAACAUUUAAAAUCUUCAUUGGUAAUUUAGCCGACAAGACCUCGAACGCGGAUAUAAAGCCACUGUUCGAGAAGUACGGCAAGGUCGUGGAAUGCGACGUGGUAAAGAAUUAUGGCUUUGUGCAUAUGGAAAAUGAGGAAGCAGGGCGAAAUGCCAUACAGAAUCUGAAUGGACAUAUGGUCCAUGGACAGCCAAUAAAGUGCGAGGCCGCAAAGAGUCGUAAGGGACCAAAUACCCCUACGACGAAGAUCUUUGUCGGCAAUCUCACAGAUAAUACGAAGGCGCCGCAAGUGCGCGAACUGUUUGCCAAGUAUGGCACGGUCGUGGAAUGCGACAUUGUAAGGAACUACGGUUUCGUCCAUCUGGAAGCGACGGGUGACGUGAACGACGCCAUCAAGGAGUUGAACGGCCAAAUUGUAGACGGGCAGCCGAUGAAAGUGCAGAUCUCCACCAGCAGGGUACGACAGAGGCCAGGAAUGGGUGAUCCAGAGCAAUGUUACCGAUGCGGAAGAGGCGGUCACUGGUCCAAGGAAUGUCCCAAAGGAGGAAUGGGAGGUGGUCCAGAUAGAAAUGGAUACAGAGAUCGAAUGUUUGGACGUGAUCCGUAUCCUCCACCACCACCGCCACCUUUCCUUCGGGACAGGCUCAUGGGUGGUGGCCGCUUUGGUGACUAUGAAAGCUACUACGACCGGCGCGGCUUCGAGGACACCAGGGAUCUCUACGAGAGGCGGUUUACGGGUAUGACGCCCUGUGACAUGGGAAGUUCCAUGUGCGGGCUAGACUUUCCACCAAUGUCAAUGCCACCUCUACCACCAAGACGAGACCCAAUGCCUCCUAUGCCUCCUCUAGGUAUGGGAUCCAUGCGCGACACCGGCUUCUCCCGUGGAAACGAGUACGGAAUGUUCAGCCGCCGAUCGCCCCCUCCCAGUGGCAACAAUGGCCGGUUCAGUAGAGGCAUGUACGAGGACUUCAGCCGAGAUUCGUUUGAAGAGCGUAGACCGGGAUUACGAGGGCCAUCGCCGUCGCGCCGGUUCGCACCAUACUAAAUCGUCGCGUCGGGCUCGGAUCGGUCUCUCUCGGUCGCCGUCGGUCCGUCGGGUCUGUCUGUCGCUAGCAGGAAGCCUCGGAACCGAGAUACUCUUGGCCGUCUUGCGAACUGCACGCGUGAAGAUCUGCCGCCCGCUCUAUGAGAACCAAGUGUUACCCGCAAUGCGAUUUAUUUAGGCGAAAACAAAACGGAGACAAAAAGUAGAGAGAAAGGAAUCCAGUCAAAAGUAGCGCAGAGACAGGCAAAAGAAUAUAAUAGGAAUUAUCAUCCGAAUUAUAAUCAUCCUCCCUUUGACCGACGAAAACAUCCCUCGUAUCUUUCCGAGAUUCCCCGGCUUAUCGAUCCUCUCUCUCUCUCUCUCUAUCUAUCUCUAUUUCUCUCUUGUUGUCAACUAACAUGUUGCCUCUAGGUCCCCCUGACUCCGCACCCCUCCCUCUUCGUCAUGCAUUUGUAUUAAAAAAAAAAUCAAAGUUAAAAGUGAACUCGAUGUUAGCUCCUCCACCGCGGAGACUCCUCGAUCGUAACAUUUUCUUAACAAGUGUUUCUUUUUGACAAAAAAUUUGAUCACUUAUUUUCGGAAGAAAAGCCACGGAUUGUGGAUGUAAAUUUGAUUUUCUGGGGAGGGUAGGAAAAAGAAAUGUGGGAUCGACGAGCAUUCCGGUGGGGUCGUAUUCUGCGACGAUCGUUUUUCGGUUUUCUCUCUGAUGAUCCGCCACCUUUCUUGGCCUGUUUCUCUCUAUCUCGCCGCAGAAAUUGCUGAACGAUUAGCAAAUCGACCAUACUGGCAUACAGCGUAAUUCAACGUAAUCGUUAGAUUUUAUUCGUAUUCUUAUGCCGCGCAAUAGAGCUAGAGCAAAAAGAAAGAAGACGUCCUGAUCGAGAAGCGUUGUUCGCGGAAUUCCCGUCGAUUUUUAUUUAUUGUGUCAAGUGAAAAUGUGUAUCACAGAUUAAAAAAUUCUUUCCGCCGGGAGUAGCGCGAACAUUCGUACAACGAUGCUAGUCUAAGGGAGAUAAUCAUAGUUGUUUCCUUAAGAAUGCGUCCAUGCAUGUAAAUGAAAAUAUUUAUGCGUAUAAGUGAAAGCUUCUUAUACAACAUGCAUAAAUAAAUCUUGAUUCGAAGAACGCACUGUGAAUGUGCCGCAGAAAGAAAAAUGAAAAUUGUACCAGAUAUGCGUCUCAUGAUUUCGCUCGCGUUAAAGAUGAUCUCAUCGAUUGGCAAUCUCGUGUAUCUCGAUCGGAGCUCUAUUCCUUUUUUUAUAAUAAUUCCGAUAGAUUUGUCAGCGAAAAACCGCGCCGCGGUUCCUAAAUAGAAAAAAAAAAUUGUGAAAAGAUCCUUCGAGCGAGCAAAUUGUAUGUUUAGUUUUUGAAAUCGGCGAAACGUCAUGAAAUAUCGUAAUUGAGAGCAGGCCUCAUCUUCCGAGACGAUUGUGUAUAUGCCGCCCCGAUGAACAAUAUUCCCUUAUUUUUGACAGAUACUUUUGUAUAGAGCGUAAAUUAGUAACAUUACGUGUUUUUAACAUACUCGCGAAAAAGUAUCGAGAAGACGUAGGCCGUGCUUUAAUUAAAGAAGCGUUCGCCAAAAUUUUUCCCCAAAUGGGAGGGGGUAAAGCGUUGCAGUUUCGAUUGUUAAAAAAGAAAGAAAACCAAUUUCCACAAUGUCGUUUUUCCGCUUUUAUCGCAAAAGAAAAAAAGAAAGAAUUAUAUAAUUGGACUUAGACCCGGUAGGAUGCGCCGAUUCUGUAUGGGAAACCUGAAUGGCCGAACAUUAUCGUUAGCAUAUAGUAACGUAACGUAAUCUUUUUAUUAACGUAGGAUUAACUCUGACAUAUAAAAAAAAACAAAGACGUGUUGUAAUCUAUAAUAAUCGCACUUUCGUUUCUUUUUUCGAGCGUAGACACUUGCUGUAAGUCUUUUUUCUUCUAUUCUCCCAUAUCUACGCUUUUGUUUGUAUUUUUUUCUUUUUUUUGCUGAAAAACGACCGUGUCUUUUUCAUUAAAGAUUAUAUAAAUUAUAACCACGAUGAUACUAAUGAUAAUAAUGAUACUGAAUAUAAGAGAUAUGUAAUAACAAUGUAUUUGUGAAAUUCACAAAAAAAACGACGUGUACUGCGUGUUUCUUUAAUCA